GACGACGAUGAAGAAGAAGUAGUGUUUAUAUCAAUUGAGCUGUCACUAAGACGAUCAACUAGAGGAGGAUUUGAGCGUUAUUUCUUGUAUAUUUUAGUUAAAAUGUGGUCAUAAUGAGCUCUGAAUGAACGUCUUCAGCUAGAAAGCUCGCAUUUGCCCUGUACACAUUUGAUAUGCGCUGUAUAUAGAUGCUCAGUGGCAGACCCUGAGAUCAGACCCUGAGACCAGACCCUGUACUGUCUAGAGUUCAUCAUAACAUCUGACCGGGGCGAAAAAUGGAUACGAAUGUACAGAAAAGAAGGGAGAAUAAAAAGUCUUUGCGGAUUAAAGUGAUCAGCCUCGGGAAUGCCGAGGUUGGGAAGAGUUGCAUCAUUAAACGAUACUGCGAGAAACGAUUUGUACCCAAAUAUCUGGCAACCAUUGGGAUCGAUUAUGGAGUGACGAAGGUUCAAGUGCGGGACAGGGAAAUCAAAGUCAACAUUUUUGACAUGGCAGGACAUCCGUUCUUUUACGAGGUCCGCAACGAGUUCUAUAAGGACUCUCAGGGGGUGAUUCUGGUGUAUGACGUAGGCCUGAGAGAGAGCUUUGACGCCCUGGACAGCUGGCUUACAGAGAUGAAGCAGGAGAUGGGCUCACAAGCCAACAUGGAGAGCAUUAUUUUUGUCGUGUGUGCAAACAAGGUGGACUUGACCAAAAGGCGAGUGGUGGAUGAGAGUGAAGGUCGGUUGUGGGCAGAGAGCCGGGGGUUUCAGUAUUUUGAGACGUCUGCUCAGAGUGGUGAAGGCAUCAGCGAGAUGUUUCAGGCGUUUUUUUCCUCGAUCACUGACAUGUGCGAAAACGGAGGGAAGAGACCAAACCCAGAGGUCAGUAUCGGCUUCACCAAAGAACAAGCUGACACUAUACGCCGCAUCCGCAGCAGUAAAGACAGUUGGGACAUGCUGGGAGUAAAACCCGGGGCAACAAGAGAGGAAGUAAACAAGGCUUACAGAAAACUUGCUGUGCUACUCCACCCGGAUAAGUGUGUGGCACCGGGCAGCGAGGACGCUUUCAAAGCAGUGGUCAACGCACGAACGUCCCUGCUGAAAAACAUCAAGUAAAAUCCACACUGACGUGAGCAAACCAGUGUAAAGUAAGAGUUUACAGGAAAAGAACGGCACUACAAUCGGCAUGUGAUGAUAAUGAUGUCAUAGAAACUCCUCUGUUUUACCCUCUGAGUGUCUUUACUGUAGUCUUUUUUUUUUUUUGCUUAUUUAACAUCGUUUUCAGUGUAUAAUAAAGUGUAUGAUCUUCUA